AUAUAACAUUCUUGAUCCGCCCACAAAUAAUUUGCGCAUGUAAAUGCACAAGCGUUUAAUCCUGUAAACAAUUGGACAAUAUCCUUAGAACUUUUUUGAUACCGCGUGUGAUUUGCGCACCAUGUCAGUUCUCGUCCCUUUGAUUUACGUUGAACAGGUGAGGCGAUAGGAGUUUAAAUCGCUCGGUUGACCUGGAUUGACACGGCGCAGGUGAAUCGGAACGGAAGCCAUUUUUAGUCAAGGAAAACAACACUGCUAAGCGCGAACGUGCCAUUCCGUUAUAACAUUCUCCAGAAGAUGGUGUGAUAGUUUGCAUGAAGUAUUAGUUUAUCUUUUAGUAUCGACAUGUUUUCACAAACUGUGACAGUUAUUCUGGGACUCUGUUACGUGGUGUGUACAUUACUACAAAUCACAGGGUUUGCUACCCCGGCCUGGGUAGUGAGUGACUACAAUGGGGAGAUCUACGAAUCUAAUGGGCUCUGGUAUAGCAUAUCAUGUCGGGACGGAGGAGAAUGUGAAGCGAAAACCUACCAAGAAAUUCACAAUGAAUACAAGACAGCCGCCGGUGACAUGGUGUAUGCAGACCAAAUUCAAGAAAUCGUGAUUGCUGCACUGUCCGUGGCCUCGGCAAUUGCUGCAUGUGUCCUUCUGUUGCUCAACAUCUGCAUCAAGCACCAGCGGCCAGCCCUCUCUCUCGUGGCAGUUCUCUUCACCUUUGUUUCAGUCUCCCUCAUAUGGACAAUAAUCUCUUCGACAUUGGUGCCUAUCGCAACAGAACAGUCGAAAACAUACAGCUUUCCGUACUCACUGUUCCUGUCGGCUCUUGGCUCGUUUGGGUCAUUAGUACUAGCCAUGAUUUACUUGGUCCGCCUUCUGAAGGUGAUGAAUGUCCUCUCACCCGCCUAUCAACCUCUGAAGUGAACUCCCGAUCAUUUCCAGAAAAUACGAUAUACAUGUAUCAUGGCGGAGGCAGCGUGACGAACGACUGUUUUGAGACAGAUUUCGGUGCGCUACAUGAAUACGGAACGCUCCUCGCUUUCUAUACAGGAUACACAGAAAUACGGAACUCUAUUCGCCAAUUUAGUGCUAUCUAAAUCCAUUGUUAUGUUGCUUUGUUACGUAUAUUAAUAAUCUAUACAUAUUAUUUUUUAAUCUACAUACAAUCUUUUGAACUGUUAUACAAUUGUAACAAUACAAAAUCUAAUUAUGUGCAUGUACAUGUAUGUGUUACAAUUUUUUUUUUUAAAUUUCAUUUAUGUUUAUGUAAUGUAAUUAUAUGUGGUGUAAACGAGUACACCAACAAACUGCCGUUAAUGUGUAAUACUGGACUGCUUUUGUUUUCUGUUCUGAACAUUUUAUCAUUGUUAAAACCACCAUUUAUAUUAUAAAAACAUGAAAAAUAGUUA